AUGAGCGCUUCUUUAAGGUUAAUAAAGUGUGUUAUAGUUGGCGAUGAAGCAGUGGGAAAGACUAGUAUUCUUAUGUCGUUCACCACCAAUACUUUUCACACGGAUUGUGUGUCAACUAUUUUUGACAUUUUCAGUGUAACUGUGGUUGGGAAUGGAAAUAGUAUAAAUUUAUCAUUGUGGGAUACAGCAGGAGAUGAGGGAUAUGACAAGUUAAGACCCUUGAGUUAUUGUGGUGCUGAUGUGUUUAUACUAACAUUCUCUCUCAUUAGCAAAGCUAGCUAUGAAAAUGUUUCCAAGAAGUGGAUUCAAGAAUUGAAGCAUUAUGCAUCUGGUGUCCCAAUUAUUCUUGUUGGAACAAAACUUGAUCUUCGUGAUAAUACGCAAUUCUUCAUAGAACAUCCUGAUGCCGUUCCAAUUACUACAACUCAGGGAGAGGAACUUCAAAAGCUUAUCAAAGCACAUGCUUAUAUCGAAUGCAGCUCGAAAACACAACAGAAUGUGAUGGAAGUCUUUGAUGCGACCAUAAGAGUUGCUCUUCAACCGCCGAAACAGAAGAAAAGGAAAAGCAAAGUACUUAAGGCUUGCACUAUAAUGUGA